CCGCGAUAUAUAUAUAUAUAUAUAUAAACCCACGACGAAAGAGAAGUAAUUCCGGCUUACGAAAUUCCGUGUUUCUGGGUAGUGAGGAACUUUGUGUCAACACAAGCCUCCGAAUCUUACUAGAUUUGGAACUUUGUAUCAAAACAAGCCUCCGAAUGCUACUAGAUUUCGGCUACCCAGGUACGUACGUGUUACGCAUGUGCUAUAUAUAUAUAUAGACACACACACAUCCAAUAAUUUAUGUGUAUGUCUAUUUGUUUCCAUUCUUAAACUUUGGCUGCGUUUUCCUCGUUUCCUCCCAGAUUAUCUCGAACUUCAUAUGAUUAAAUCUUCCAUCGCACUGAUAUCUUUUCGUUAUUAGGGGUUCUUCUAUCUUCAAAGAUUUUGGAUUCUGGGCAACCACCAUUCUCAUUGAUUUUGCCCUCUUUUAUUUUUAAAAAUUAUCUUUUCAUCCCCUUGUAGAUUUGGGCUGAAUUGUUACAUGAGCAUUCGCAUUCUUCUCUAGAAUUUCCUAAUUUGGAGUCUUGUAGAUAUAUCUGAGCAAGUUUUUCUGGGCAAGUUUGGAUUCUAAAUUGGCUUGGAAAGAAAUGAACAGUAAAUUAUGGAGAUGGGGUUUGGGUUUGACAUAUAUAGUUGCUGUUGCGGCUAUCUGGAUAGCUGCCAGUUUUGUGGUACAAUCCGUUGUUGAUGCCGGCGUAUCGCCUUUCCUCAUCACGUACAUAUGCAAUUCAUUGUUUGUCAUUUACAUUCCCCUAGUAGAAAUCGGACGCUAUUUGGAGGAUAAUUAUGGGGGUUUAUUCUUUUGGAGAAGUGACAAGAGUAGUUCUUUGCAAGAAUUAGGUCAGUCGGAGAAGGCGAUUCUUCUUGGAGAGAGUGAUGACGGUUAUGCAAAAACCGAAGAUUCUCUGCCUAUAGAAGUAGAAGUUAGUGAUCAUGGAGAAGAUAUUGAUCCCGAGAGAAUAGAUGUCUCCGAAGAGCUCGAAAGGCCUUUGCCUACACAAGAUAAUGUCAACGAAGUUGGAUCUAGAGAAGUGGAUUCAAAAGGGCGUUGGACGCGCAUGAGAGUAGCGAGAGUUAGCCUGUUGAUCAGCCCCUUUUGGUUUUUGGCACAACUCACUUUUAACUUGUCAUUGAAGUACACAAAAGUCACGUCCAACACCAUCUUAAGCAGUGCAUCAAGCCUUUUCACGUUUUUGGUCUCGCUUGCAUUUUUGGGCGAAAAGUUUACAUGGUUGAAGCUUUUUAGCGUUCUUCUUUGCAUGGGAGGAACAAUAUUUGUCAGCCUCGGUGACUCACAAAGUGGUUUGAGUGCUAUUGCUUCAAACCCUCUUCUUGGAGACAUUUUUGCUCUUGUCUCUGCUGCGUUAUAUGCUGUGUAUAUUACCCUCAUCCGCAAGAAAUUACCGGAUGACGAUGAAAGAAGUGGUUCUCCCAGUAUGGCUCAGUUCCUGGGAUUUCUAGGACUAUUCAACCUUAUUCUUUUCUUCCCAGUUGCCCUUAUACUCCACUUCACCAAGCUGGAGCCCUUUGAUGUGCUUACUUGGCCGCAGGUUGGUCUAAUCAUCGGUAAAGGUUUGUUGGAUAACGUGUUGAGCGACUAUUUAUGGGCGAAGGCGGUUAUUCUGACUACCACCACAGUCGCAACAGCUGGUCUCACCAUUCAGGUCCCAAUGGCUGCAGUUGUUGAUUCUCUCACUGGCCAUGCCCCUCAUCUUAUGGAUUAUCUUGGAGCUGCGGCUGUCAUGGUUGGCUUUGCCGGCUUAAACAUUCCAUCUGAUGCAUUAAGCAGAUCGAAAGAAACCACUGUUGAAGAACUAAAGAACAGAAUUUCUGUAUCAACUGGUCUGGACCGAAAUCCGACUCACAACCACCCAAAUGCAGGUGAUCCUUGAUGUGUUUUUGUUGGCAAGACUAGCAAAUUUGAACAUAAGGUGGUCGUCCGUGUCAAAAAUGUACCAUAGUUAUUUUACGCAAAAUUCGUUCUAACACUCAAUAUUAUUAUUAUUCUUUGUGAAAGCGUCAAGUCAUAGAUAAAAAGUGAAAUCAAGAGAAGCGAAUCUUUUUUUUUUAUAUAUAAUUAUUUCACGUAUUUGUCAUCAAUCUUCUUUCCUCGAAGUGCUGUAAUCCAAGAGCCAAGUCUGUCAUUAAUCUCAUUUUCCAUACGG